AGUAGAACAAGGUCCUCCAUAGGCCUACUGAGCAGUCAGACAAUUUGACACGUGAUGACCACGUUUCAAACAAUGGAUGGCUCCGUUUGUGUUCCAAACACUUGCCAUAUCUGCUUAAAAGAAAUACUUGAACUGCAAGGACACCCGAUAACCGAAGAGCAAGCGUGGGCCCUGUGUUACCAGUUGUGUACGCUUCUGAAAGACGAUUUAAGUGAGCGCGUAGUCCACAACGAGACACCACAACCCCCUCGUUUACCUGGAGUAGAGGCCAUUCUUUUCUCCAACGAUGGAAGUGUUAGUUUCAAAGACUCAAGUAGGCCUAUUUUCGGCAGAAAGGAUCAGAUAGUUGACCAACUUGGUCGCCUUAUUUACGACUGUCUUGAUUGGGGGCUUGACCAUGACGUUGAACGAGACCUGCACGAAGCUCUUGCUCUCCUUGUCUGCCGGAUGAUAAACGUGAAACCACGCACCGAUGCGUCUCUCCUGCCUAUAGGCCUUCCUGAAGUCAUUCAGGUUUGUGAAGAUCGCCUGGAUGGCACUGCACAGGCAGCACAUCACUACAAGACUGUCUGCUCAUUACUGUUCUCAGAGACCAUUGAGCUGUACCACUACAUCCAAAGUUAUAAGACGUGUAUCAAGAGUCUUCAAACAUUUUUGGAAUCUGACGUGUCACUGCGAAUUCGUACUGAUUCAGAUCAGGUUCAUGCAUGGAAAUAUGUGGUAGAAGAGAUACAAAGUAGAGAACCUUUGAGGCCGUGUUCCAGAACCUUUCCAUCGAAUGCAUACCGACCUCCAGAAAAGUUGUUCCCAUUUGACCAGCUGAAGCAAGUUAUUGAAAGCAAACAAUAUACUCUACGAAAAGUACAGAUGGGAGGAAACCCUCUGAAAAAGACUGAUCCAUGUGAUUCUCUUCUGGAAGCCAUCCUAGCCAAGCCAAAACUCAGACCUGUUUCAGAGCGGAAAUUGAGAGAGAGGACUAAGGAAGAGCCUUGUCUUCAUGAACGGCUGAUGGCGGAGAUUCGCACGACUGACCCGCUGGAACUUUUUGCAUCUUGCAAAAAAAGUCGUGCCGUUCAAAGUUUACGUAUGACAUCAGGUCUCAACCUUAUGGGUAGAAAGCGACGUGCCCAAUCUGUUGGGAGCUACCCAGACACCAAACGAUUGAGGAAAGGUUAUGACACUGGCAGUAUUCCUGUGACUAUUGCGAUGAUUAUGAAUGCACAUCAGACUGAAAUUGAUGGGCAUCAGAAGACUAUUCCUGAGACUAACCCUGGCAAAUGGCAGGUGUGUUCCUGUUGCUCUAAUCGAAGUCAGUUUUUUACCUGGCACAACACCUGCUCCAGAUGUGAUAGGGUUGUGUGUCCUUCCUGCUGUGUAAAGAUGCGAGUGCCCUACAAAUGGUGUAUGGACCUCCCAAUAACAUUCUUCCGGAAGAUCGUGCUGCGGCAAAGUGCUGAGAGAGACCAUAGUCAUUUCUGGAGGGAGCGCCUAUCAUGGGACUGCACAAAGAUUCCUUUGGUUCUGGAGGCUCUAGCCCUCGGUUCUUGUUCCCAGCACAGUUUGGCCAUGAGAGGUUGGCACAGCCAGGACAUCUGUAUAGAGUGUCAGGGUCUCCUGGAGGAAACAUGUGACUCUGGGGCCUUUGUGAACUGUAUCACAGGGACCCGAGAGAUUUGAUAGCUCUUGGCUUUACUUCUUGUUCAGAAUGUGGGCCCCCCAUUCACUAUGUCUGGUCCUUUUCCUGGUCAAAUAUUUAUGUAUAGUUAUUUUUAAGUUGUUUGUAAUUAAAUAAGUUAUUUUCUGUAAUUAAUGUAAUUAUUUUGUGUUAAGUUUUUUUACUUACUUACUGUGAAGCCUAAGAGUUUGUUCACUCUUUGUUUUUUGUUUUAGUUUUCUGAUCAUGUUUUUGUUUGUAGUUGAUCAUGUUUUGUAUAUAGUUUUUUUUUUACUGGUUUCAACUAAUAAAAACAUGGCUUUGUUUUACUUAUUUUUCUUUCA